GUUUGAAUGCUUCCGCUGGGAGCAUCACUGAUGAGGCAAGAAUGGAAGUGGUGGAGCUUGUGAUUUCGAGGGAAAUUUACAACAUCAAUUUCCAUCUCUCAGAUGCGAGGGUUUAUAAYGAGAAACCCCUUUUGGUGGCCACUGGAACUGAUGAGAAUUUGAAAGAUGCAGCUGAAAAAGUGAGUGUGAAGCUGUCUUAUGAGGACACUGUGACCACAACUUGGAAGUCUUCUAUAUCGACCAAAUUUGGGGUUAAAGUGACUGUGGAAACUGGGGUUCCUAAGAUUUCUGAAGGGGAGAUUGAGAUUUCUGCUGAGUUUCAGGAGGAAUAUGAAUGGGGAGGAAGCCAACAGACCAAAACUCAUGUGGAGGUGACCCACGACGUGACGGUGCCUGCAUGGAGCAAAGUGAGGGGCAGCAUAAUUGCCACUCAAGCUAUCUGUGAUGUUCCUUUCUCUUACACUCAACGGGAUAAGCUUAUGAAUGGAAGAUCAGUUAUUAGUCGUCUUGAUGAUGGUAUUUUUACUGGCGUCAAUUGCUACAACUACCAAUUUCUGGCUGAAGAAAUCUGAUGAGUUUAUAAAUUCCCUAAUUGGUAAUAUAUGUAAGAGAGAACUUGUUUUUCCUUCUUUUGUUUGUCUCUUUGUAAUGCUUGGAGCAGUGGCUUACAUGAAUGAAAUUGUGUUGUUUGUAGUUACCUU